AUGCACAAUCAAAAUGUUGUUAAUGAGAAGACAGCUGAAGGAAGUAAUCUAACAUCGACAAUGAUUGGACAACAACAACAACAACAAUUGAUUCAUCCACUUUUGAUGCCUUCAUUAAAUGUCUCUUCACAAAAGAUUUCGGCUAUGUUGGCUGCAUUAACUCCAUCAUCAACUGCGAAUACUAUGCCAAUACAUCAAUCAACAUCGACAUCUCUCGCAACAUCAAACAAUAAUAUAAUGAACUCACGAGCAGUCAAUUCAACAGGAAAUAUACGUUCAAAUGGAUCCAGUUUUGGAUGGGGAAAUCGAGAACGUAAAAUGGAAGAAAAUUGGCGUAUGCAAAAUCGAAAUAUUUAA